UUCUCACCAAAUCGACGACGCGAAUGUUGACAACUUCGAAAACUUUGCAAAACAGGAAAACAUUGAAAUUUUCUUGAGUAAAAACUUGUUCUGUUCUGCAAAAAAUAAGUGAUUAUUGAUAAAAAUGGCCAUAAAGUGAUUUACUCAUCGGACACCAUUAGUGCGUACUAUUUUGGUGGCAAAUCCAUCGGCGCCAUGCCAGGAUUUGUAGCGGUUCAUACGGGUGCUGGAAAUUGUAUAGACGAAACCUUAUACAAAAAUGUCUGCAAAGAAGCCUGCUCACAAGGCGUCAAUGCGCUUAAGAACGGAGGAAGCGCGUUGGAUGCUUGCGAAUUGGCCAUCAUGACCUUGGAGAAUUCCUGUGCCACAAAUGCCGGAAUCGGAUCGAAUCUUACAUGGAACGGACAAGUGGAAUGCGACGCUUGUAUAAUGGAUGGUGGGACAUUGCAGUUUGGGGCUUGCACGAAUGUUUCCGAUGUAAAAAAUCCAAUUAGCUUGGCUCGGCAUUUGUGCGAGAGGCAGUCCAAACUUUUGAGUUUUGGACGGAUUCCUCCGAUGGUCUUGGCAGGGAAAGGUGCCUCGGCGUAUGCCAAAGAGAUUGGACUGCAGAUAGUUCCAACCGAGCACAUGAUAUCUACGAAAGCCGUUAAAAGCUACGAGCAUUAUCGAAGGAACAUAGCCAAAUACGAGGAAAUGAAUCAAAUGAAACUAUCUCCUCUGGACACUGUUGGCGCCGUUUGUGUCGAUGCCGAGGGGUCAAUCGUGGCCGGAUGUAGUUCCGGUGGCCUGCUGCUCAAGGUUAGUGGACGCGUGGGGCAAGCAUCAACCUACGGAGCCGGAUGUUGGGCCCUGACGGAUGAAUCCACGUGUAUGUCGGCGGCCACUUGCACCACCGGAAACGGCGAAUAUCUUAUGAAGACUCUCUUCGCGAAAGAACUGGUGGACGAUUUGAUAACGUGCAACUGUCCGAUUACCUCGCAACAUCAAACCUACAAACGGAAGCUGUUGGAAUCUCCGUUCCUUUCGAAGCAGAGCGAAAUCCACGCCGGAUCGUUGUCAAUAAUCUACAACACGACCACUGCCGAUGGGGACUUGCUGUGGGCCCACACGACCAACUCCAUGUGCUUAGGAUUUCAGUCAACCAAACAGAAGAAACCGAAGUUCGUGCUAUCAAAGUUACCGCCAAACCUGUCAUGCGGAGUCAAAACCGUCGUCAGUGGGCACCAUUUCAAAUUGACGUAUUAGAGGAGAUUAGAAGAACCCGUUCCUUACAAAAUUAGUUUUAGGCAUUUGUAAUACUUCGUCCGUUCACCUAUUUAAAAAAGAUGCUGAAGAUAACUCCCAUAAGAGUACACCUAGAAGAGUUUUCUAACUUUAUAAGCUUUUAACGGAAGAGAUUGAUAGAAUAACAGAUUAUCCUAAACCAAGAUAUCUUUGAUCAAGCACACAAAUCUUUUAUUACAGUCAAUUUUCAAGUUCCGAAGAGACCAAAUCGAUCCACACCGAGUGCAAUCUAUUACCGCGGAUGUUCUCUACGUAGAAACAGUUUGAAAUUCAAUUCGAUAUCAGAUGAUGAAGUCUCUCGUUUCUAGGAAUAUUAUAAUUUAGGAGAAUAAAGAAUAUCAUUGGAAAUCACUAA